AUCCAUCCGUUCAUCGUAUGCGUCUUCGUUCUCUGUUCGACGGUGGCUGAGGCAAUUCGCUGCAAAUGCACCAAGGAGUCGGAGAGCGUCUCCUGUGUGGACGGUGUGUGUGAAAUCGAAUCGGGUUCGUGUCUUAUGUUGGAUCAUCCGACUCUCGGUGUCCACUACACAUGCCACAACAAAUUGCAGAAGGACGGUUUCUGCAGAGAGAAGACCUCGAAGUCGGGUGUAUUGGUUAAGAUCUGUGGCUGCAACUCGGACGACUUCUGCAACUACUCGUAUUGGCCUGACAAGUUGGUGAACAUGCGUUUUAUUUUGGAGAUUAGCCCUCAUUGUAAAUCAAUAUCAGCUUCUUUUUUGAUCAGAUUAAGGAUGUGUGCAAUGAUAAAAGUGGAUGAUAGAUUAAAUACGUUCAAUGACUAA